CUAUCCGAUUUCGUCAUAUUCUCGAAAACACUCAUAACAUUGAAACGUCGUGUCAUUGUCGUGCAUCCUCUAUUCUGGUAACUGGUAAAAUACGAAAUCGAAGAAUGUCUCUCAAUACUGCUCACGCAAAUAACGGUGUGCUGAUUUAUGCUGGAGAAUGUAUUCUGCUGUAUUGCGACAACGUCGUAAUGGAGUUCAGCGGGCAAGAUAGACCAGAGUUUAAGGGUGAUAAAGCAGGAAGGCUCUACUUGACCACUCACAGGAUGAUCUUUAACAGUUCGACAACAAAAGAUCCUCUCCAAAGCUUCAGCUUUCCGUUUUGCACCAUGAAAGAUGUUGAACUGGAACAACCCAUGUUUGGAGCAAACUACAUCAAAGGAAAAGUUCGUGCCCAGCCAAAUGGUGGAUGGGUUGGAGAAGUCAAGUUCAAGCUUCACUUCAAACAUGGUGGAGCCAUUGAAUAUGGCCAAGCUAUGUUGCAAGCUGCAAGUAUAACCAAACGUAAUCAUCAAUAUUCUGAUGAGCCACCUGCCUAUCAGCCUCCAUCUGGACCAUGGCAUAACGCUCCACCACCAGCUUAUUCUACUCCUAAUGGUGGUUAUUAUGGAUGGGUGCCUCCACCCACAAAUGCAUUUCCCAAUGCUCCUCCAGCAAAUUCAGUUUUCAUGACUGACAUGCCUCCUCCAUACCCUGGAAUUUAUCCUGCAAAUGCUAAUAAUGGAUACGCACCAUCUUCAAAUGAUGCCAAGGCUGCCGAAGCUGCUGCAAGCGGAACUGCCUACUACGAUCCCAAUACGCAUUAUGCUUACGUUCCUCCAGCAUAUUCCAACGAUGCCCCGCCCAGCUAUGAGGAGAGCAAGGACAAGAAAUUCAAAUAAAGAGCAUCCAAAUUGGCAACAUUCACGGUCGGCAAAUUUUUCUCUAUUCCCUAAUAUACUUCACAUCUAUUUAAGAAAAUUAUAGUUGUGUGUAUUUGAUGUCGAUCUGAUAUAUCACGCUAUAGCAUUCCUUAUUCCCGUUUCACCGAGAAUUUAUAUCUACUAGUUGAUUUUUUUUGCGUUUAAUCUCUAGUCGUUUCCCGACCGUUCAUCUUGUAGUUUUUUUUUUUUUUUUUCCUGAAUAUUAUGAUCGUCCCACUCGAUUUUAGAUCGUUUCCGGCUCUUGUAUUCUGUGAAAGAAAACUUUUUUCCAUCCUGGAAUAGAGUAUGUAUCGCGCUUCAA